AUGCACUCAUAUAAACUUGAACUAGGCAAGAAUCAACAAACACAAAAGCGAGGGAAAGCUGAUUGUUUAUCAGAUUUUGACACAGGAAAACUUCGCUUUUCAAACGUGACUUUGCAACAAAUUUUGAGCAAAACCCUUAACGAAGCUCAUGGAACUAACAGCCCAGAACAGCACGUAAUGCAAGAGAAAAGCAUCAAACAAUCAAAGCAUAAAUUUUAG